AUCAUGAUCCUGCUGUGCAACCAGCAGAGUUUCAUCUGUACCCACAUUGACUUCUGCCACCCACACUGCUACCAGCACCACAGCCGCUCCUGCGCCCGUCUGGUCCGCGCCAUCAAGCUCGUGUACGGCGAGACGGUGGACAGCCUGCGAGAAGACAGCGCCUCCUCUGGCAACAUCGGGGCACGUGCCAAGAAAACAAAAGAGUGUUCGGACAAGUCGUGUCUGAGGACGCCGUCCAUGAAGAGGAGACCCAACGACUCCAACACGGAAGGGAAGAAGGACACAGGCAUGCUCAAGUACAUCCGCAACCAGGUGAUGAGCUUGUCCCCGGCGCCGCUCUCGCUGCUGAUCAAAGCAGCUCCCAUCUUGACGGACGACAUGUACGGGGACAUCCAGCCCGCCGCCUGGGAGCUGUUACUCAGUGUGGACGAACAUAUGGCUGCCGCUGCCGCGGCUAUGUUCCUUCUGUGCGCCGUAAAGGUCCCCGACACAGUGACCGAAAUGAUGAUGGCGGAGUUCCAGCACCAGGAGGCCUGCCAGCGCAUCAACUCCAUCCUGAAGUUUUACACACUGUGGCGUUUCCGCUACCAGGUGUGGCCUCGCAUGGAGGAAGGAGCUCAGCAGAUCUUUAAGAUUCCUCCGCCCAGCAUCAACUUCACUCUGCCCUCUCCUAUUCUGGGCAUGCCCUGCGUCCCCAUAUUUGACCCCCCCUGGGUUCCUCAGAACACUGGCAGCGUCCAGGACCCGAUCAAUGAAGACCAGUCUAAAUCCUUCUCAGCACGGGCGGUGUCGCGCUCCCACCAGCGAGCUGAGCACAUCCUGAAGAACCUGCAGCAAGAGGAGGAGAAGCGGCGACUGGGCCGCGAGGCCAGCAUCAUCACAGCCAUCCCUGUGGCUCAGGAGGCGUGCUACGAGCCCACGUGCAGCCCGCCGCCAGAGCAGGAGGAAGAAGCAGAAGAAGUGGUGAACCUGGCAUCACGCCGUCUGUCCGUCAGCCCAUCCUGCGCCUCCAGUAACUCCCACAGGAACUACUCUUUCCGUCGGGGCUCCGUGUGGUCCGUCCGCUCACUGGCGAGUGCUGAAGGUACGAAAACCCAGAAUCACUGA